AAAGCAUAUGUACUAUUCCUCAAUUUUGUGCUCUAAAGCUGUGAGUACUUGUCUCCUUUACUGCAAUGAAGACUGUUGUGUUCACUUUUCUGGUUGUGGCUGUGGUUUACAGCACAGGUGAUAAAAUCAUUGGAGGUUAUGAAUGUUCACCCCACUCCCAGCCCUGGCAAGUGUACCUUACGGAUCAGAUUUACUUUUGUGGAGGAUCUUUGAUUAAAAAAAGAUGGAUCGUGUCUGCAGCUCACUGCAACUUCAUACGCCAACUCGUUGUCCACCUGGGAAAGCACAACUUGGAUGUUACUGAAAACACAGAGCAGCUGAUCAACGCAGAGAAGGUGAUUCGUCAUCCAGACUAUAAUGGUGAGACUCUUGACAAUGAUAUCAUGCUGAUCAAGCUGAAAAAGCCUGUCCUCUUCAACAACUAUGUGAAGCCGAUCCGUCUGGCAACCAAGUGCUCUUCUGCAGGGGAACAGUGCUUGGUUUCUGGAUGGGGCAAAACUGGAGAGUACACUGCCUCUGCCCUGCAGUGUUUGAAUCUGCCUGUACUCUCAAAUGAGCAGUGUAAGGGAGCAUAUGGUACAAGAAUAACUAGAAACAUGUUCUGCGCCGGAUUCAUGGAGGGAGGCAAAGACUCGUGUCAGGGGGAUUCUGGUGGCCCUGUGGUGUGCAAGGGGAAACUGAAAGGUGUUGUUUCUUGGGGUAAAGGCUGUGCUCAACCAGACCUUCCUGGGGUAUAUACUGAGUUGUGUCGCUACACUGACUGGAUCAAAUCCAUCAUAGCUAAUAACUAGCUAUUUGUUCAGCCUGGUCGGCCCUGUACAUUUUCCUAAUUAAAUUCAUUUUAAAACGUG